AUAAAUGAAAUAAUAGUCCUAGUAUUCUCGCAUUUGAUUGAGGCAAGUGGUGUUUAACUUUUAGUGAAUUUUGGUUGAAGCAUGGAAGUUGGAAGUUGAGUGGUGAAGAAACAAUGGCAUAUAUGAGCACGUGAAAUCCAAAGGAUGAACUACUCACUAUUCAUUUCUAACAUACAUAUAGGUUGAGAACAAUGACUAGCCAGCUAACUGCAUUGUUUCUAUCACUACAACACUACCAAUCCUCACUUUACAAGAUAUCUUCAAUGCACUGUAGCCCACAGUGAGACACAAUGUUGAAGAUGCAGAGGCCAACCAACAGAUCAUCAUCCAAACAAAUUAGACACAGAUUUGAUUUCAAGUUCUCCAGUUUUCAAGCACUUCAGGUGCCAAAGGGAUGGGACAGGCUUUUUGUGUCUCUGGUUUCUGCAGAAACUGGGAAGACAAUAGCCAAAUUGGGGAAGGCACUUGUUAAGAAUGGCAGUUGCCUCUGGUCCGAGACAGUAUCCGAAUCUAUCUACAUUUUGAGAUAUGAUUCUUCUAAAUCCUACGAAGAAUGCCUCGUCAAGUUUGUUGUUUCAACGGGCUCAACAAGAUCUGCUAACACCCUUGGAGAAGCAAUUAUCAAUAUGGCACAACAUACCAGUUCAAGGGCCUCUGCUGCAGUUUCACAGCCUCUUAAGAAAUGCAGCUAUGGCACAAUUUUUCAGGUCAAAAUUCAACGCGUAAAUCUACCUAGAUCAAGAAUCAGAGACGAGGAAUCCAAGAACUCCGAUUCUCAGGAAAAAGUCGAGGAUGUGGAUCAUUUUGGCGCGGGGAGCAAGUCACGUAGAUCAGAUAAUUCAAGUGAAGAUCCGGCCACCUCCUCUCGUCCACUGCAAUUAGACACUGAGGAAGCAAGUGAAUCAGCAACUGUUGUGAUAAACAGCAUCAGCUCUAUGGAGGGAUCCUACGAGAGGGAAAACUCAUUUGUAGAGAAAGAUUCGAGGAGUGAUGAAUAUAGGUCUCAUGAGAGACGAGGCAGGGGAAGCUACGGCGGUGGUCUACUACCUGAAUUUUACUCGGUUGAUGAUGAUGGUGGUGGUGGUGGUUAUGAUGAUUCACCAUCAAACCAAUCACCUAUGCACUUAAGAGAGAAUUUCCAUAACGAAGCAGCAGGGAGCAGGUGGUCAAUGUCGAAUGUAGGUUCUUCAAGGAAUCUUCUGGAAGCUGCAGAAGACACGAUUGAGGAACUCAGAGCAGAAGCCAAAAUGUGGGAGAGAAACGCUAGGAAGCUGAUGAUUGAUGUGGAUAUAUCGAGGAAGGAGUUCUCCGAUCUGUCAAAGAAGCAAGCAGAAUCGGAAGUGGAGCUCUCAGCCGCGUAUGCAGAGCAGGAUGGCUUAAGGAGGCAAGUGAAGACAGUGAUGGAAGAGUUGCAACAGUUGGCCAAGAAUGAGGCUAACAGAAAAACUCCCAUCAUUCAGUCUCAGAGUCUGCAAAAGGAGCUGGAGAGUGAGAUUAAGUACCAACAAGAUUUGAAUUAUGAUUUGUGCCAACAACUGAAACAAAGCCAAGAAUCGAAUAUUGAGCUUGUUUCUGUUCUUCAAGAGCUCGAGGAAACAAUAGAACAACAGAGGAUUGAGAUGGAGAAACUUUCAUCCCUCAAGUUGAACUUUGCAGAUUUACAGAAUUCUUUGGAUCAAAGUUCAGAGGAAAACAGGACUUUGUUGCUGCAGCUGGAGCAACUCCGGGAGUCAGAGAAGAAGCUGAAAUCUGAUAUUCAGUUGCUCGAUGAAGCUUUACGGGAUAAAACUGGUGAGUUGGAGAAGGAAAGGGAAUCAAACAGAAGGAUUCUGUCACAAGUGGAAGGGGAAUAUUAUUGCAAAAUUUUAGCCAAAGAGAAAGAGAUUGCCAGUUUGGAAGGGAAGCUAUCAGAUUACAUCAAAGAUGAGGAGUUGAAAGGGAGUGCUGAAAAGGAUGUGGAUCUUAUCAGAGAGAUAGAAUCCUUGAGAGAGAAAGUCAGGGAGUUGGAGAAGGACUGCACAUGAGCUCACUGAUGAAAAUCUUGAACUCUUGUUCAAGCUCAAGGAUUCGAAUAAGACUGACAUCAGAAAAUGCCCGUCGUUUGACUCGAUCACAAGUGAGAAUCCGGCGUCUUGUCCUAGUGAGGAGUCUGAAGUAAGUGACCCUAGAUAUCAAGUUUCCAACAUGGAUGAAGAAGAGCUCAAGAAGGAGGUGAGUGAGGAGGUGCAGAUUGCUGGCGUUGAAAGCUCUCUGCAUUUUGCUGAAAUUUUAGAACAAAUGGAUAUAGCUUUCCACCUUCUGAUGAAGCCUUGGUAUGGAAGGUCUAAGAAUGGCCGCGAUUAUCUUCACGGUCUCAUGAUUUCGGACAAGGUUAGCACUACUAGAAUGUCGGUGGAAUCUAUCCAUAGCCUCUUGCUGGAGCUCAACGAGCUCUUGGAAACGAGGAUUGCUGAGUCUGAUGAAAUUCUUAGGAAUCAUGAGAUUGAGAUCAAUGGUAGAAAUGCCACUAUAUCUGAGGCUAGAAAGAAAAUGGAAGAGAGAAUUUUGGAAGUUGAAGAACUUGGAAAAAUGAAGACCAAAAGUGAGGAGAAUAGUGCAAAACUGAUGAGGGAAUUGGAACAGAAAAGAUCUGAGAUUGGUUAUAUGGAGGCUGAUCUUCUGUCAAAGGGAAAGGAGACCGGCAUUCUUUUACAGCAACGACAGGAAUUAGAA